GGGAAGACGGGUCAUUUAGUGACGGCGGAGAGGAUCGACAGAGAGCAGCUUUGCCGGCUGGUGGAGAAAUGCGUGUUGCGCUGUGUGCUCAUAGUGGAGGGGGAAAUGAAGUUUUAUGAAAUAGAAGUGGAAAUCAUGGACAUAAACGACAACGACCCCAGCUUCCAAGAGACAGAAAAAGAAUUGAGGGUGAGCGAGACGACAGCUCCGGGUUGGCGAUUUCCCCUCCGAGAAGCACAAGACGCAGAUUUAGGACCGAAUUCCCUGCAGAGCUACGAGCUGAGCGGUGACGAGCACUUCUCGCUGGCCGUGCAGGCGGGCCCCGGCGGCGAUCAGCGUCCCGAGCUGGUGCUGGCGAAGGCGCUGGACCGGGAGGAGGCGGCGUUUCACGAGCUGGUGCUGAGGGCGAUGGACGGCGGCGAUCCGGCACGGACGGGCACGGCUCGGAUCCGAGUGAAGGUGCUGGACGCGAACGACAACGCGCCGGUGUUCAGCCAGGCGGAGUACACGGUGCGUGUGCCCGAGGACGUGCCCGUGGGCUCCACUCUCGUCACCGUCACGGCCACCGACACAGACGAGGGACUGUACGGGAAAAUUAAAUACUCGUUGAAGAAAGAGGGGGACACAGCUGUUUUCCAUCUGCACUCUGAUUGUGGAGCGAUCACUCUAUUGCGAAGCCUGGACUAUGAGGAAGGUGACUCUUAUGAACUGCAGGUGCAGGCACGGGACGGCGGAGGCCUUUCUGACACUGCCAAAGUCACAAUAUAAAAGAAUAAUCAAAACCUAGGAAGUCUUAUUGGAAUUAACGAAUAUGAGUACCAGCCAUCAUCUGCUUUGGGGGGCCUACACGUGCAGGACCGCGACUCGGGGGCCAACGGCGAGGUGCGCUGCUCGCUCGACGGGACCCUCCCCUUCAGACUGCAGAGCUCCCAUGGCAGCUACUACCGCGUGGUGACAGCGAGAGAGCUGGACCGAGAGCAGGUGUCGGAGUACAACGUGACGGUGCGGGCGGCCGACGGCGGGUCGCCGGCGCUGCAGAGCAGCGCGGUGCUGGCGCUGCGGGUGCUGGACGUGAACGACAACGCGCCGGUGUUCGCGGAGGAGCGCUACAGCGCGCGGCUGGCGGAGAACAACGCGGCGGGCGCGCUGGUGCUGACGGUGCGCGCGACGGACGCGGACUGGGGGCAGAACGCGCGCGUGCGGUACCGGCUGUCGGAGGGGCGGGUGCGGGGCGCGCCGCUGUCGUCGUACGUGUCGGUGCAGGCGGAGACGGGCGCGCUGUACGCGCUGCGCUCCUUGGACUACGAGCAGGUGCGCGAGCUGCGGCUGUGGGUGCGUGCGGAGGACGGCGGCGCGCCGGCGCUGAGCAGCAACGUGUCGGUGCUGCUGCUGGUGGUGGACGAGAACGACAACGCGCCGCAGGUGCUGUACCCGCCGCCGGCCGCGCUGCGGGCGGGCUCGGGCUCGGGCUCGGGCUCGGGCGUUGCGUGGUCGGGCGUGGAGCUGGCGCCGCGCUGGUCGGAGGCGGGCGCGCUGGUGGCCAAGGUGGUGGCGGUGGACGCGGACGCGGGUCAGAACGCGUGGCUGUCGUACGAGCUGGCCAAGGCCACGGAGCCGGGGCUGUUCCGCGUGGGGCUGCACAGCGGCGAGGUGCGCACGGCGCGCUCGCCGCUGGCCCGCGACGCGGCGCGCCACAGCCUGGUGGUGGUGGUGAAGGACCACGGGCGGCCGGCGCUGUCGGCCACGGCCACGCUGCAAGUGGUGCUGGCCGAGAGCGUGGCCGAGCUGCUGGCCGAGCUGGGCAGCGCGGCCGACGAGGCGGCGGCGCCGGGCGAGCCGGCCGUGAGCCUGACGCGCUGGCUCGUGCUGGCCGUGGCCGCCGUGUCGUGCCUCUUCGUCGCCUUCCUGCUGCUGCUGCUGGCGCUGCGCCUGCGCCGCUGGCGCCGCCAGCAGCUGCUGCCGCCCGACAGCGGCGCCUUGCGCGGCGUGCCCGUCUCGCACUUCGUGGGCAUCGACGGCGUGCGCGCCUUCCUGCAGUCCUACUCGCACGACGUGUCGCUCACGGCCGACUCGCGCAAGAGCCAGCUGCGCUUCUCGGCCGGCGGCAGCUGCUGCGACACCCUCCCGGCCCGGCCACUGCCCGACGAGCCCGCGCCGCUGCUCGGCGACGAGGAUCCUGCCGGCGCCUUCCCUGCGGAUCCCGCCUCACUACCGGUGAGUUUCUGGGACAGGACAGCCUUCGUGACUUUUUUGUCUUUUACUCUCCUCUUCAUACCUCCCGUGUUCUGUGUCCCGUGUAGGGAGAUUAUCUGACAAGGAUUGCAGAGCUUCGCUCAUUGACUCUGUUCUGUUGUCUCUUGCUGCAGGCGGGUGGAGGAAGGUUCGGCGCUCUGCUUUCCGGGUGAAUAGGGAGGUAGACAUAGUGAGAUUGCUGGUGGUUAGAAGGUCCUGUGAGUCCGUGUGCUUUCAUCUGGCACCAAGUAGUUUCUGUGCGGUUACACGUGUAAUACCCAUGAUCAUUUCAGUGUUAGCUGUUCUGAAUGAUGGGUUGUGUACGUAGCAAGCUGUAGUUUUCGUUCUUCCCUGCUGUAGGGGUCUUCCCAGUCCUACAUACACUUUAUUGCGGUGAGAGUCUCUAUAUUGUCAUCUGCACACCUCUGAGUGUAACUUUGCUGCUUAUCGUUUGUACUCUUCUCAGCCUUCAUGUGAGAAUGAAGGUUAGCAGAAAAUAUCGUUGUCUAACCCUGGAGGAGAAUG